ACACAGUUAAUAUUUAUCGAUAUGUUAUCGAAAUAUUAUAUUAAUCAAUAUUACUAAGUUGUAUUAGAAAAAAAUGAAUUCUGCAAAAAGUAACGGUGAAACUGGAAAUGGAUUGGAGGAUCUUGGUAUACCUGGGCAAGUUUACUUAAGAGAUGCUUUAACAAGUUGUACGGACCCUUUAAAAGCAAUUGAAGAAUUUCAGUUGGAAAAUGGUAUUCUUUUACCUUCUUUACGUCCUAUGCUACCUUUACUCGAUUUACAUGGAGUCAGACGAUUAGAUUUUCAUGCUUCUGUAUUGGAAGAAUUAAGGGAAAAGUUGGUAAAACGAAUAAAUGAAAUAGGUGCAGAAAGAGCCGAUAAAGGAACUGCAGGUGAUAGAAGAUUAAAGGAAUUGCUUUCUAAAAGUUUUCCUGCCGUAAGAGUAGCAGCAUUAAGGCCUGUUGUAAUGUGCAUUUUAAGAAAUACACCACAUAUAGAAGACAAAUAUUUACGUGUAUUAGUUAGAGAAAAGGAAUUAUAUAAUGACGCUGAUACAGAAGUAAAACGUCAGAUUUGGAAAGAUAAUCAAAGUCUAUUUGGAGAUGAAGUAUCACCAUUAUUUAGUCGAUAUAUCAUAGAAAAAGAACAAAUUCUGUUUGAUCAUCGAAACUUAAAUAGUCUUUUCUUCACACCAUCUCCUAAAGUACGAAGACAAGGAGAAGUUGUACAAAAAUUAGCUCAUAUGAUUGGACAUAGUGUAAAGUUAUAUGAUAUGGUAUUGCAAUUUUUGCGUACUUUAUUUUUACGUACAAAGAACAUACAUUAUUGUACUCUUAGAGCAGAGUUAUUAAUGGCUUUGCAUGAUUUGGAGGUUCAAGAUAUUAUCUCAGUUGAUCCUUGUCAUAAAUUUACCUGGUGUUUAGAUGCAUGUAUUAGGGAAAAAAAUGUGGAUGUGAAAAGAUCUCGUGAAUUGCAAGGCUUUUUAGAUAGCAUCAAGAGAGGACAAGAGCAAGUAUUAGGAGAUCUAAGCAUGACAUUGUGUGAUCCAUAUGCAGUAAAUUUCCUUGCUAGUAGUGCAAUUAAGAUAGCUCUUCACUUAAUUAAUGGUGAAGCAUUACCAAGAGAAAAUGCUGUUCUUGUACUAUUAUUAAGAAUGCUUGCUCUGGGUCUAUCUGCCUGGCAAAUGAUUGAUUCACAAGAUUUCAAAGAACCAAAACUUGAUAGUCAAGUUGUUACAAAAUUUCUACCAGCAUUAAUGUCUCUUAUGGUAGAUGAUCAAAUUAGACAAUUAAAUUGUAAACUACCACCUGAUGAAAGGGAAAGUGCAAUUGCUAUUAUAGAACAUUCUGGCCCACCUCCUGAUGCAUGUCAAGCAUAUGCACAAUUAUCUGGUGUUGCUGCAGUUUUAUCUAUGUAUUAUGCAUUACAUAUAGGAGGUGGUGGUGGUAUAGGAAGAGGAAGAGGAGAUGCUAGAGGUUUAAUGAGAGUAUUAGCAACUUUACCAAAUUGUCAAGCGCAACGUGCUUUUGAAGAUCCUUUUCUACAUACUUUGGUUUCAUUAUUAAUAUUAAACAUGGCAGAUGAGUUUUCUAACGAGUCCUUUUGUACUGUAAUAUUUGAUGAAUUCUUUCUGGCAGGCUUAAGCAGAGAUAAUGUAACGCGCCAUUUACUAAAAUUGCUUUGGUAUAUUCAUCCAAAAUUGCCACCCACGCGAUUACAUUCAUUACUAAAAGCCUUACAACCAACUAGUCAGCAUAAUGAGGCUGUACAUAUCCUUUAUGAAGCUUUAAGAGAUAAAGUGGGUAAUCGAUCCACGCAAGAUCCAUUACCAUCAACACAAAUUGAUAGUUUAGGAUUAGAUUGUCCCCCUUCACCAAUGACGGGUGUUCCUACUGCGUUAUCAAAUUCGCUAUAAGUUGUAAAGUUUAUAAAAUAAGUUAUAUAUAUAUAUAAUAAUAAUGAAUCUAAUUUUCAUAGAAAAAUGUUGGAUAAAUAAUAAUAUAUCUCUAUGUGAAUUCGAAUUAAUUAUAAGAAUUUAGAUACAUAAACAAAUGAUUCACAUAGGAAUAUUUUACUUAUCCAACAUUUUUUUAUGAAAAUUAG